AUGAAGGAUAGGGCAUCCAGGCAGAUCGUCAUUGGACACGGCAGGAUGAGUGAAUACCGAUUUGCGGGCGGCGGUUACCCGAGGGUGGGGAGUGGAGGUGGCAGCCGAAGUGGGGGGCUUUGCUCCGCGGCGCUGGUAGGGGGGGCUCUUCUCGCUGCUGUUGCUGUGCUUGCGGUUGCAGCCCUUGCCUUCUAUAUGGGGGCAUUGAGGCCAGAUAAUGGGGAACCAAUUAUGACGUUUGAGGGGACAAUGAGGGUCACACGUGGAGACGUUUAUGGCGGAGCACCAGGCAGUCCAGCUUGGAAAGAAAGAGCACGGCGCUAUGGUGUCUCUCUGAGACAGGUAUAUGCUGCACCUUCGGCAUUACGACAGGCUUUUGCAGGCGCUAUAGUCACAGGUUUUGGGGACAGACGGUUAGAUGUACACUUCAGAUUAUAUCUUGAUAGAAGAAAAAUACCAAGUUCGGUAUCAAACAUAGAAGAAACAUUGAAAAAUAUUUUAAUACAAGACUCACAGUCGAAACAUUCCGCUUUUGGGCAAAUAAAAAUAGAUCCAACUAGUGUAGUUAUAAAGAGAGACCUAGAACAUACUUAUCAUUCUGAGCAAUAUGUCAAAGAGGCGCUAAAUGAAAGCAUGGCAACUAGUCAUCCGAAACUAUCGCCAUCCCAAAGUGAAAAGGACAAAACCUUACAGAGUAGAGUGGGCGUCGUACGAAAAACUACUCUAAAACCAAAUAUUGAAAGCAAGAAAAAUGACCCUGAUGAACCCGAUAUUGAUACUGAAAACAUACCUGUGGUGCAGGGUUCUUUUGGAUCUUUCCAAAUAACUAAAACUGAGGCUGACAUAACCGAAAAUAAGCAAUCAAAACAUGAAGAUAAGCACAGCCAAAAACAUUAUACAGCCACUAAAACAUCUAGAGCUACGACAACCACAACUGCAAGCACGACUACAGCUAAAACAACGACUACUCGAAAGCUUCCAUCUUCAACAGCGAAAAGUAGACCAUUUACAAUAAAAUCUUUAAUAAAUAUUAAGCCGAAAUUAGAAACUACUUCGAAAAAAAUAAACGAAACGACAAGGACAACUGGAAAACCGAUUUCAAUUUCGACCACAAGUACUACAACAACAACUACUGUAACGCCAACAAGUGCUCCAAUUUCGACAACUACGAGAAAUGUAUCACAGAUAUUGUUUGAUUUACUCACAAACGAAAACCACGAUAAAGACCUACCUCAAAUAGAUACACUAUUUACCGUUCCACAUAUUGCAAUUGAUAAUGAACCAUGGCGACCAAUAACUAGACCUUAUUAUGAAACGACAAGCAAAAGUCCGAAUUUGUAUGAUGAAAUAAGUGAACAACAUGCCGAAGACAGAAUUGGCGUUGCAGAAGUAGUUGAUGAUGUUUCCAUUCUAGAAAGUAUGCUUACACCAAUACCUCCGGGUAAACACAAAGAUAAUUCAAUACGGAGACCGGGGGGACAUUAUAAUAAUAAACCGAAUUUGGCGGCUGACACUUAUAGACCGAGCCCAGUGUAUACAAGUUUUACGUUACCUACAUAUGCGCCACCUAUUAAAGAUAUGGAAACUUUGGGUUCAAGCUUCCCCAAAGCGCAUCCUUUGCCGGUAGAUAAGAUAAGUGGAGUAGUAGAAGAUAUAUCCCACGAAAACGCCGAUGACAAUGAUGGUAGGCCUAUAGAGCGCCCACCAAAAGAUAAAACGACAUCAGUUUCCAUCAACGUUGUGCAAUUUGACCAACAAGAAAAUAAUACGGAGAAAAUUUCAGUCGACGGAACUUCAAUAGUCAAGAAAAAUAACACAUCACCUAUAACUACUUCAACGGCUACUACAUUAACAGAGCCACCAGAGACAUUGAGCAUUAGUAAUAGUAAAAUAAGUAUCACCGAAGUAUCUUCAAAUGUAACAACAACAACGCCUGUGAAAUUAAUUGAUAAUAAACUAAAGGAAAACUCAACAAAGCGACCUAAUAACAAGGUCUCCUUAAUUCCUACUACUAGCGCCCCUAUUCACACUUGGGAAUUGGUCAAUACAUCGACUAAUACCAAUGAAUCUAUGAACAAGUCAUCACCUGACAAAUAUUAUAAUGAUACUUUACAAGCUAUUAUUACUAAAAACGACGCUUCAUUUCCAAACACUACCCCAAAAUUUCAAAGCAAGAUCUCAAUUCUAAGAAAUUUGACAGAUCUUAUUAAAAAAUACUCUCAUAGUACUUCACAGAAACCAAUCGAGCGAGUAACUGAAACAGCAAAGGCGGAAGUCAUGGCUAAGUCUGAUGAUUCUAAUAUUGAGGAUGAUGAUUCCAUGACUGGGUCAGUAGAAGUCGUUUCCGACGAGGAUAUAGAAGUAACGACCGCUGCUGUUAUAACUUUAAUGCCAGCGAAGUCUAAUCUUGGUGUUAAUAGGCCACUUCGUCCACGACCGAUAAUAGAAACACAGACAGCGAAGGAUGCCGUACGAGGCCUCUUUCAAAGUAACAUGAAUAAUUUUAGAACCAGUGAUGAAAUGCAUAACGAACAUACGGCUGAAGCUUCUGAAAUUAUGACCAUAUCUACCAAAAUGGACCGUGCACCAAUAUUGGAAAACGACGGUGACCACGUAGAGUCAGGCAGACUUUACAGUACUAACCACCAUAACAGUAAUAGGUUGCCUAAAUCGAAUGACUUGAAUUCUUUUUCUUCUAGUGCUAACGAUAAUUUUGGAAAUAAGAUUAAUAUGACAAAUAUACCUCAAGGUACAUAUAGAGUGUCUUAUCAUGUAACUGGAAGUGUUAGUAGUAAACAGGCGAACAAAACAAAACAUUUACCAGCUUACGAGUUAUCCCUCGAGCCCGAUGUUGUAUUAGAAAUACCCGUGAAUCAAACUAACUCCUUAACAGCGGAUAAGUUGAAGCAGCUCGCAAAUUUAGCUACUCUGUCUGAUUCUAAUAAUAAUCUAUUUCGCACCGGAGGAAUAAUUUCUACUAAAGCCAUCCCUUCUAGUUACACUCUCAAUCAAGCGGGGUUCAAGAUAUUAACAAAAACGUUUAACAAAAUUCAACCAUCAAAGCAGGAUGAGAAUAGCUUAGAUAAUUCGGAAAAAACUAACAGUAAAACAUACUUUGAAAAGCCGACUAAGGAGAAGGAUGUAAUCUUGGAGACUGAAGACCAGGAUCAAUGCAACAACAUGACGUCGUUCCGCUGCACAUCCGGAGCAUGUCUACCAAUAACAUCUAGAUGCAACCGACUAAUAGAUUGUCCAGAUGGAGAAGACGAACACGCCUGCUCGUGCGCAGAUUACCUGCGCGCAGAAUUUUCCCAGUCGAAAAUAUGUGAUGGGAUCGUUGACUGUUGGGACUAUUCCGAUGAGAAGAAAUGUGAAUGGUGCGAAGACGGCCAGUACGUUUGUGCAAAUGCACGACAAUGCAUAGAAAUGAGCAAAGUGUGCGAUGGUACUCCCGACUGUCCAUUCGGUGAUGAUGAAAAAAGUUGUGUAGCGUUAGGUGAUGAAAUGGGUGAUAACGACGUUAUACCGUAUAAUGAAGAAGGUUUUGUUAUGGUUCGCAAACGAGGUGUCUGGGGAAGGCUUUGCGUGGAGAGCUUUGAUGACGUAGUUGCGCAGGCGCACAGUUCUUUGAAGUUGCCUGAUCUUGGCAAAGCCGUGUGCCGAGCCAUGACAUUCCAAGAUGCCCCGCUGGUAAGAGAAGCGAGAGAAGGAAGGAAAGUGAGUUCCGUCGGCUAUUGGGAAGUGUGGCACAACGCGAAUGCUCGAGCGGCAGACACCAGACUCACCUUCAAGCGGGCUUCGUGUUCUCGUCAUCGGGCUCUGAGGGUGCGAUGUAAGGACCUGGACUGCGGCAUCCGACCUCACGCUGAUGCUCAGCAACCAAGGGUUGUGGGCGGUGGCGGAGCAGCGGCGGGCGCCUGGCCUUGGCAGGCCGCUCUCUACAGAGAUGGAGACUUCCAGUGCGGAGCGACCCUCAUCUCCUCGGAGUGGCUACUCUCCGCCAGCCAUUGUUUCUACCAGGCAACAGAAGCACACUGGGUAGCAAGACUUGGCGCAUUACGACGCGGAGCAUGGCCCCGUGGACCCUGGGAGAGGAUCGCCCGUGUCCGUCAGGUGGUCCUACACCCACGCUAUGCACCCCGUGGCUUCCGCAACGACAUAGCUAUGCUUCGAGUGGACCCUGUACCACUCCAUGCGAGGUUACGACCUGCAUGUCUACCUCAGCCACGAGCGCAACCGCCAGCAGGACAAUACUGUACCGUAGUUGGUUGGGGACAGCUAUAUGAACACGAGAGAGUCUUCCCUGAUACCCUGCAAGAGGUAGAACUUCCCGUGAUAUCAACGGCCGAGUGUAGACGCAGGACGAGGUUGCUGCCUCUCUACCGGGUAACUGAAGAUAUGUUCUGCGCUGGAUACGAGAGAGGAGGUCGCGACGCCUGCUUGGGGGAUUCUGGUGGACCGCUUAUGUGUCAGGAGUCAGACAGAUGGUACAUUUACGGAGUGACCAGCAAUGGCUACGGAUGCGCCAGAGCGAAUCGUCCAGGCGUUUACACCAAGGUAUCCAACUACAUCGACUGGAUCGACUCGGUGAUCGAGUCACACACACCGCACCGCAACGUCACAGAAUCUAGCAACGAGACCGAAUCCAGCGAGUUCUAUGCCGAUCUAGAAUUCGCUGAAAGUAAACGACCUGUUAAAACCUUUGACACUUGCAGAGGCUUUAGAUGUCCCCUCGGGGAAUGUUUACCAGCGUCCAGCGUUUGCAACGGCUUCCUGGAGUGUUCUGAUGGAAGUGACGAAUGGAACUGCGCCAAGUUGAACUCCAGCAAGCUAAACCCCGACUGA